GAUGAACUCAUUGGUCUACUGGCAGCUGAUGCUUUUCCUCUGUGCCACCUCCUUCAGGGAGACAUCAGAAAAGGUGGUGCCUGGGGAGAGUCCCAGAUGCACAGGCCUGGGGCUGCAACGCCAGGCCCUCCGCCGCCCCUGGGAGCAGAGCCCGAGCUGCGAGGAGAGGAAGCCGGCUGGUGCUGGGCCGAACCCCCGCGGAGCCCCGCUGUGCCCACCUCCAGCGAGCCCCGCCGUGACCCAGCAACCCGGCCUGUGUGCCCCCGGCAGCCGCCAGAUCCCCGCGCCCCGGGGCGCGGUGCUGGUGCAGCGGGAGAAGGAUCUGUCCACCUACAACUGGAACUCCUUCGGCCUGCGCUAUGGCAAGCGGCAGGCGGUUCCGGAGGCAGAGGGGCGGGGAUGCCAGGCCGUGAACUCCAAACCCCUGAAGAGGGCUCCCAGCCUGCGGGGCUGA